CAAACAGCUUCCCCCCAACUGAACCACAUUCAACCACACACUAACCAAGCUGCCCACCAUGAACGGGGUCAUCGAGGCGCUUCACAUCUACGACGAGCACAACAGCCCAAUCCUCUCCCACACCUACACAUCCCGUCCCCUCUCCCCCUCCUACCUCCUCCCCUUCUACCUCUCCCAUCCCACCCCACGACCGAACCUGAUCUACCUCCCCCAGACCAACCCUCCAACCCUGGUCUUCUCCCUCGCCCACGCCAAUCUCUUAUUCCUUAUCACCACCUCCUCCGAAGUCGAACCCCUCCUCGUCCUCGAGUUCCUGCACCGCAUCGUCGACUCCUUUGAAGAAUUCCUCGGCGCGCCACUCCUGGCUCACAAAAUUGAAAACAACUACGAUGUCGUCGCCCAGCUCCUCACAGAAAUGUGCGAUGCCGGAACGGUCAACACCACCGAACCAAACGCACUAAGGGACAUGGUCGAAGUGGAAGGAUGGGUGGACAAGCUACUGGGGGGGUUGAACCUAUCUGCGGGGAAGAACUUUGCCGGGGGUUUGGGGGGAGGUAUGGGAAGCAGCGCUGCGUCGUCGUCAUCGCUCAUAUCACAAAACACCCCCGCGCUGCCGUGGAGGAGGGCAAAUGUCCGGCACACUUCCAAUGAGCUCUACGCCGAUGUGGUGGAGACGCUGUCGGUCACGCUCGCGCCGUCGGGGAGACCGCUGGCGGCGUUUGCCAACGGUACGAUAGCGUUCACGACCAAGGUUUCGGGCGUGCCGGAUAUUGUGGUUACGCUGAGCGGGCCGUCGGGGAAGCAUAACCUGAAGGGGAUCGUUGAUUUGCCUGUUUUUCACCCGUGUGUCAGACUGGCAAAGUGGAGGGAACAACCUGGCGUGUUGAGCUUUGUCCCGCCAGAUGGGAGGUUUACGUUGGCGGGGUAUGAGGUUGAUUUGCUUCCUUUUGACGUGGACGGGAAGCCGCCUACGGGGAAUGUGAAACUGCCAGUUAGUCUGGAGAUGAAGACGGGGUUGGGGCUGACGGGUUCGGAUUUUGAGGUGAGGGUGCAGUUGAAUAAGGUUUUUGGGAGCAGUGGGAGCGUGCAAGGAGGGGGGAUGGGUGCGAGAACCGGGCUGCAGGGGAGAGGGUCAGGGGGUGGCAGUGGGCCGGGAGGAGGGUUUGGGAUUCCGAAUGCCGGGACUCCGGCGUCCCCUUCGCUGCAUGAUUUGGUGAUUAUCGUGCCGUUGCCGGCGGAUGUGAGGAAUGUACCGGAGAUUAGGCCGAGUAAAGGGGAUGCGACGUAUAACCCUGGGGAGAGGGUGCUGGAGUGGACGAUUAGCAACAAGGAGCUGGCGCAGGGCAUGUCUGCUUUUGUGUUGAGGUGUACGGUUGUGGGACAGCAGGUGACGGAGGAGGGGGAGGAGGGUGAUCCGACUGGGUUUGGGUUUGGUGGUGGUGGUGGGGGCUAUAACUACGACGAGCCGUAUCAAGACAUUGCGGUCACGAGUACUACAAAGGAGAAAGGGGUGGAUAAGGCUUGGGAAGCGGAACGGGACGAGAAAAGACAGGCGCAUAAUAAGAUUUUGAUGCCGAGCUCGGCUUUGGUUAGUUUUGCUGUCAAAGGGUGGCUGCCGAGCGGUAUCAAGGUUGAGAGCAUCAUUAUUGACCCGAGGAAGAGUAGAGGGAUGGUGGAGCACAUGAAACCUUACAAGGGAGUCAAGUAUUUGACCGUGAGCAAGGGGGGCGUUGAGAUUAGGUGUUGAUGAUGGCAUACCUUCACAAACGCAUGGUAUAGAUGCAUCACUAAUAGACAUAUCGGGGGGUCAAAGGAUUUCCAUGCCAGGACUGUUUGUUUUCUAUGGGUUGAGGCUCUUACAGUGGUGUGUCUACACUGUAAGGGCCUUGUAGCACUGUGUGGUUGGAUCCGAUAUCCCGAUGGGGAUACAAGAUGCAAGGUCUACUAUGUACACUGCAGCUGCGUCAACGUAGCAUUCUAUCUCCAGAUUGCCUAACACUUUAUACUCAGGCUCGCGGUUGGUCAACUUACGAAGAGUGAGCCAGGCACCAACGAGCCAUCCGUUAUUCAGCACUCUGUAGAUUUGGCCUCAGAACUCAAGUAUGAAGUUUGAUAUAUACUAUUCACUCAUACAUCAUGGUUGUCUCUUCAGAACCUUCAGUCGCUCGACGUAUCGUACCGUCACCACAGCAUUCUAUCUUCGUCACCGACCCCCAGGAGAAACAAAAUACACCACAAGCAAACUCCCAAAGUCCGACACCCUCCUCCCAUAACCCGAUCCAAUAUCAACUCACCUAAAUAAUGAUCACUCCCCUCGGGCCCAAACCGAUAAAGAGCAUCAUCCGCCGGCCUCACCUCGCCAUCACCGCGCCUCUUUCCCCCCACGCAGAGGUAGAGUUCCCCGCCAAUUCGCGCCCAAAUGUUCUUAUACAUUGACCUCAUAUAGUAUUCUCAAAAAUAACAAGAUCCCCCGGUCCCAAUCUCACUCUGCCGCUCGGGUGUGCCGUGCCGGUGCGGCACGGUCGACGGCAACGACAGACGGACUUGCGUACCUGUGACUUGCGUUAGCUCCGCCAGAGUUGAGGCGGCCUUGUUUCUCGUCGAGGGUUCUUUAGCAGGAUAUUACUGCCAUGUUAAACUAAUGCUGGUAGAAAGCUGAAAGCUGAGACAUGGUAAUGGGGGCCGGGUAUUUCAGCCGGCCCCCAAGUUGCAAUGAAUUCAAGAGGUUUGCUUGAAUAAGGGGUGCUGUGUGUUUCCUAGGUAGGUGGAUCGAAAAAACUUGGUUUCUUUCUGACAAUGGAGCUUGUCUGUGGGCGUCGUUUUGCAAUAGGACCGGUAAUAACGACAUCCAUUCUCGAACAACAUUGACUGUGUUUGCUAUGACAUUAUAGAGCCUGUCCAACACCGAAAUAAUAAAGUGAAUCACACCCCCCCCCGCGACGGCCAUCUAGUCCCGUCAUAUUAUCCCACGUGUUGUUUGGUUUGGCCUCUUGGCCCGGCCACUAUUGACCACCGCCAACUCCCAUUGCCUUACUAUCAGUUUCCCCCCCCCCAACUCAAAAGCCGACCGCUUCUCUACCAUUAAACGCAAAAAAAAAAAAAAAAAGACCAAGAGCGAAGCGUUACACCGCAACCCCAGAGCCCUCCCUCCCGUCCGCGCUGAACCGAGCACAUCCGGCGGCCAGCCCAUAUUAUGCUGGUCGCUUGUCUUGCACCCCCAUCCUCCAUUACCAGCAACUGUUGUUGCACAGCGUCAAGAUUCCGGGUUCCCACCAACAGACCUCAUCAUGACGGCGGCGGCGGCGGUGGUGGUCCCGGAUCUCGGCCUGAUGGUUCCAGGUUACACGCACAACAGAACCUGCAAGGUUGGACGCAUAGAUAACUUAUCACACCCCCCGAAACAGAGCUGACUAUCUUCGAGAUAAGGUAGGUAAAAGCACACAACCGGAACAGUUUACUGGUGAAUUUACAGACGAAGCGGGGGAGGUGACGAGGCAAGCGCAGUCACUGUUGCUGGCCGCGGGGGCUACGCCGCUUGGUGGCAUUUGGCUGCUCUUGUCUUCUUUGGAGGUGGGACCUAGACGAGGGAAUGGAAUGGUGAUGCGGCAUGCAUAGAAAGGCAAGAGGUGAGAGGGUGUUUUAGGUCCGUAGGUCGAGGGAAGAAUGAGCUGAAAAUAUUCAGUGGAUUUGCUGCGAGGGCAAGGCAGGUUUCUUUUUUUUUUUACCUACUU